AUGGCGCGGUUGCUCGCCCUGCUCAACGGCCUCUCGAGCCUGGUGAUGGUGCUCAUGGUGAUAUGCACCAUCGACCCCGUCUCGCUCUCGCAAGCGUCCGGGCUCGUGCGCCGCCAGGACCCCAACGCACCGCCGCCAGCGACCCAGGACCAGCAGGAGGCCGUCGUGGCGCUCGCCAGCACCGAUCCGGUGGCCGCGGCGCAGAUGGCCAUCGGGCUGCCCUACAUCUCCGGACCCAACAGCGUCGCCACGGGCAGCCUGACGUCGUACACGCUCGUCCACGGCGACGACGUGCAGCAGCUGCCGUGGAACAACGGCACGCCGCUCACGACGGUGCCCGCCGUCAACGGCUCGGACACGGGCGGCUGGCAGACGCUGCCGCAGCUCGACGGCUUCAACCUCAACCGCACCUUCAAGGUGCGCGGCGACGCCGUCAUGCCUUUCUACAUCAGCGCCAACUACGACCCGUCGCAGAUCAAGCGCGCCGUCAUCGUCAUGCCCGGCAAGCCGCGCGACUGCUGGAAGUACACGGCGCUGGUGCGCAGCGCGCUCAACAUCGUGGCGCAGCAGGGCCAGCCGGGCGCCAACAACGCCUCGGUGCUCCUCAUGGGCAUGUGCUGGCUCAACCAGAACGACAAGGCGGCGGGCGCCGUGCAGCCCAACGAGCUCUACUGGCGCAGCUCGGGCUGGGCCAGCGGAAGCCACAGCCAGGGCCCGCCCGUCCCGCUGACCGACGAAGAGUAUCAAGCCAAGCUGCACAAGCUCAACCGCACGCUGCAGCAGCAUGCCGACCAGGCCGAGCCGGGCGAGCAAGAGCUGCAACGCAGGCAGCAGCCGCCGUCCCCCAGCGACCCCGGCGCAGCCGCGGCGCCCCCAAAAGGCGUGCAGAACCUCACGCUGCCGCCCGACGAGAACAAGACCAACAUAUCGUCGUACGAGGUCAUGGACACGUUUCUCGACUGGCUCUUUGACAAGUCGGUCUUCCCUUCGAUCAAUCGCGUCGUCGUCGCGGGGCACUCGAUGGGCGCGCAGGCGGUGCAGCGGUACGCCAUGCUCAAGAAGACCAAGGCCUACGAUCCCAACGUCUUCUUCUGGAUCGGCAACCCUGGAUCCUACGUCUUCCCCACCGACGAUCGCGAGAACGCCAACGCGACGUGCCAAGGCGCCGACUCGUGGCCCUACGGCAUGUCCAACGUGACCAAGGUGCCCCCCUACGCCCGGCGCGACGUCAACGCCUCGCUAUCGGCCAUCAUCAAGCGGUACCGCAGCCGCGACGUCCACUACGCCUACGGCUUGCUCGACAACGGCCAGGGCGACACCCACUGCCAGGCGACGAUGCAAGGGUGGAAUCACUUAGAUCGUGGCUGCCACUUCGUCCUGGCCCUCGCCAACACGUCCGAUUCGGGCGAGUACAAGACGGGCCCCAACCUGGGCUUUCCGACGGCCAAGCAGACGGUCGACUUUGUGGCCAACACGAGCCACCAGGACUACCCGAUGCUUUCGACCAACGUGACGCUGUGGCGCCUCUUCAACGACCGCUUCGACACGGCCGAUGCCGAACUCACCAACCUCACGAAUCCGGGCGAUCGGCAGCCGCACGUCCACGCGCCCAAGAACGGGACGAGGGGCGGCAGGCACGGAGAAGAGCACCAGGACAAGCGGUUCGCGACGCACUUCCACCUCCUCAUCGCCGAGGGCCUGCUCUACGGCUCGCUGGGUGGAAUCCUCGUUAUCUACACGGCGCUCUACUGCCUCUGCAGCGUCGGGCGCGACGACCAGGCGUGGAGGCGCGACCUGGACGCGGCCACGACGGCGCGCGGCGCAGGAACCGAGAUGGCCAUGUCGACUCUGGUUGAUGCACGCGGAGCGGCGUCGAUGGCGGGACUGCGCAAGCGAAGGGGUCCCAGCGACGGCGCGGGCGGCGGCAUCGGCGGCGGCCACGGACGUGGCGACUCUUCGUUUUCGCGCUCGCCAGGCGGCGCCGACGACGAGACCGACCAGAUGAUGGACACUUCGAGCAUCGCAUCCAACUCUCCCUUUCUCGCACAGCGCCGAACCUUGCCGUCCCCUCAGCAGCAGCAGCAGCAGCAGAGAGGAAAAGCCGGCGGUGGUGGUGAUGUCGGUGGCGGAUACGAUAUGGAUACGGCGACGACGGGGACGACGCUCGUCGGAUCGUCUCACCAUCACCACCACCGUUACGAGCGGGGAUACGAGAGCAACAAGACGAGCGCCAGCUCCGACUUCCUCCUCCUCCAGGGACACGGACCUGGAUCGCCCGCGCCGCAGACUUCGGCCCUCGCCUCGCUCUACACGACCCGCGCCCCAUCCCCCCUCUGA